ACUAACCAACCUCUUCACAGACGACGAUCUUCUAUCGCAUACGAUGAUUUUCAUCUACAUGAUUAUGCCAUUUCUGGUCCCAGUGAUCUUGGCACCAGGGAUAUCAGAAUGCAACAUAACUCAAUGUGAUAAAGAAUGUCAGUGUUAUGUAGCACCUGGAGAACCUCUGAUAUUUUACCUUCCAAUUCAAACUGCAAAGAUUACGUUAAUGAAAAAUAAUAAAGUACUUUUCAGAUGUGGAAACAACACAUGUAAGAAAACAACUUUCAAGUACAUUAAAUCCUGCAAAUUCGUCAUGAAUGGAGCAGUGAAGUGUGGUCACAUCAUAAUAAAUGAAUCUGGAGUUUAUCAGAUGGAUCUAUAUGGUAAUGAUGGUAAAAGCAUCAAGAAAAUCAACAUCAGUCUCCAGAUUACAGCUCCAGUUUCACAACCUGCCAUAUUUCAGAAAUGUUUGUCACCAGAGCAGAGGACAGUCAGCUGCUCAGCAGAGGGAGACGACACACAGUUCUCUUUUUCUCUGGACAAUAAUCUGUUGCAACACACUAAACCUGCUAGUGGAUAUAAUAGAAGUGUCACCAUCAGUUUAAAUGGUCAACUGGAAGGAAACCUGGAGUGUAAAGUUCAGAACAAAAUCAGCAGUAAACAGAUCAUUGUCCAUCUUUCACGUUGUGAAGGUGAUGCUGAGGAGGAAAUAAUUUACUCAGAUGUCAGAGUGAAUCAUGCUGCCAGAAAGAGGGAUGGUUAG